AUGUCAUCGUUCAAUGCUCCAUCCAAAUUGACCAGUAUGGCCAAGGUGACAAGAUACAUCUCUGACCCACUCAAAAUCAUCGUUGGACCUCAAGCCGAAGACUUCUUGAUCAACGAAGAAGUCAUCUGUAAACAAUCUCAAUUUUUCAAGACAACUUGCAGAACAUUGUGGCAAUCCGGACGAGCUCGCACAGUGACUCUACUCGACGAUGACCCUACCAUCUUCGCUAUCUUCCUCUCCUGGCUCAUCACAGGCGACAUCGAGAGCUCUGAUGGCUUCAACCAAGUUACUGCUCCACCUUAUGCAGAAGCACAUACAAUCGAGCAGAGAUAUGCCCAGUGGGAGCAACUCCGUCGUUGCUACACUUUAGGCGACGACCUUCUUGCUCCGGGUUUCCAAAACGCUAUCAUAGAUUGCUUGAUCGCUGUAUCCAGUUGUUUAAUCAUGAACCACAACAUGUUUCCUUGCAGAACAAGUCAGGAGCUGGAGAUCAUUUACGAAACGACAUACCCAGGAUCUGGUUUGAGAAAGUUGGUUGUCGAUCUCGCUGUCAAGUGUAUGGGCGUAGAGUCUCUUGAGAAUUUGGACUUGAUAGUCGAGACCGUGCUUGGCGGAAUUCCGUUCGGAGAUACUGGGUCGUGUGUGUACUCUGCUGAAGGACUGGAAUGA